ACUAAACUGAAUCAAUCCUGAUCAGCAUCUCAGUGUAGAGCCAAACUUUGUUUAGUUGUUUGUUGACGUGCAAAGACACCGUGAGUUUGUUGUUAAGCCGAAGUAACGUGAGACAAGCAACUUUACAACGGAACAGAAGUUGUGCUAGAAUUAUUUAUUAAGUGUUUGCCAUUUUUUUAAUCAAACAUUUUAAAAAUCAUGGACCGAUGGGUUGGAAGAGUAGCAUUGGUAACUGGAGCAAGUUGUGGUAUUGGAGCAGCCAUUUGUAGAGAGCUGGUAAAAGCUGGCAUGAUUGUAGUCGGAGCAGCAAGAAAUGUGGAAAGAGUUGAGGCUUUAUCAAAAGACCUUACGGGAAACCCAGGAACUCUGUUUGGAGUUAAAUGUGAUCUGACCAAAGAUGCUGAUGUUGAAAACCUUUUCUCUGUCAUCAAAGAAAAAUACAAAGGAGUAGAUGUCUGUAUCAACAAUGCAGGGAUGUCUUAUAAUAAUAGUCUCUUGGAUGGAAGCACAAAGGAAUGGAGGGAAAUGCUGGAUUUGAAUGUUGUAGCUUUGUGUCUUUGUACAAAGUUGGCGGUGAAAUCCAUGCAAGAAAGAGGUGUUGAUGAUGGCCAUAUCAUCCAUGUUAGCAGCAUCAUGGGACACUAUGUGGACACUAUGGUGUAUCCCAGAGGUGGCAUCCAUUUUUAUACAGCAACAAAAUUUGCAGUAACAGCUCUCACAGAAGGACUGAGACAAGAGCUACGAGACCUCAACUCCAAGAUCCGAGUUUCCGCUAUUAGCCCUGGAUUGGUGGAGACUGAAUUUGCCAUAAGACAAAGAGGGGAAGAAGAAGGAAAGACAGCAUAUGCUACACUUCCAGUUCUCAAGGCUGAAGACGUAGCUGCAUCUGUGUGCCAUAUGAUAUCAGCUCCACCUCAUGUACAGAUUCAUGACCUUAUUAUCAGACCUACAUGCUCCUAAGUUACAAGAGUGUAAUUUGAUUAGUAGAAAUUUGUUUUGCAAAGCUAACCCAAGUAGAUGCAUAUCUUUUCAUUAAAAUAAUACAUCUUUGCUUGUUUCAAGCCUGUGUCAUAACUUUUCAUGUAUCACACAUGUUAUAUCUGCAAUAGUUUUCAUUUAAUACACGAGUUAUAAUCUUUGAUAUAAGUAGUCAAUUGGUAUUUUUUUAGAUUUAUUGUCUGAUUUGGAUAUAAGAAUUGAAAGGGUGCUUUGCUUAAUGUAGUUGACAUUUGUUUGGGUAAACUUAAUCCAAUGUAUUUUCAUGAAAUAUCCAUUCCUGUAUGUAUUAUGUACUAUACAAUACUACUGUUAAACGAUGUCAAUAAAAUAUUUUGUAUCAAA